UGUUGAUAAAGUGCACCAGCAUGCUGCCACCUGUGAAGAAGGACCGGGUCAUUACUCAGCUCCCACAGUGUUUCAGUCCAACUGCAGCGUUGCACACUAAAGAGGGUUUCCACCCUCAGGUGAAGGCCGUGUGCCAGGUUCAGAGGGCGAGCUCCAUCAGCUUCAACAUUGCCAAAGUCAUCGUGGUGGGAGACGUCGCAGUCGGGAAAACGUGUCUGAUCAGCAGGUUCUGUAAGGAUGCGUUUGACAAGAACUACAAAGCCACCAUCGGGGUGGACUUUGAGAUGGAGCGUUUUGAAGUGCUCGGCGUUCCCUUCAGUUUACAGCUGUGGGAUACGGCCGGUCAGGAGAGGUUCAAGUGCAUCGCAUCCACCUAUUACAGAGGAGCACAAGCCAUCAUUGUGGUUUUUGACUUGAGCAGUGCGACCUCGUUAACCCACGCCAGGCAGUGGCUGGAAGAUGCCAUGAAGGAGAACGACCCCUCCAGUGUGCUGCUGUUCCUCGUCGGUACCAAGAAGGACCUCGGUUCCCCCGAUCAGCUGGCUCAGGUCGAGCGGGAAGCCAUCCGACUCUCCGAGGAAAUCAAGGCCGAAUACUGGGCCGUGUCUGCAAAGUCAGGAGACGGAGUCAGGGACUUCUUCUUCCGUGUGGCGUCUCUGACGUUUGAGGCCAACGUCUUGUCUGAGCUGGAGAAAAGUGGGCCGCGGCACGGCGGGGACAUCAUCAACAGUCCAAAGGUCCGCCGAGUGGAGGCAAGCCGAUCUCGCCUCAGCUUGAGGGAUCACGGAUCGCGCGGACUCCGACGGGUCCAGCAGGAGAUCCGGGUGCUGCUGAUCUUCGACUCUAUUCUGGGUUUUACUGUGGCAGUGACACAGCGGCGGCGACUCGACGGCAGCUCGGCGUGA